AUCAGUAGUCUUGACUUUUGCAGACAAAGAAACUUCACGGAAAAUGGCGGGAGAAGCCAUGGAAGUUACAUACAGUAUCGAUUCACCCAAAAACAAAAAAAAUUGAACCAUUUGUGUUCUUAUGAACUAAGACUCUAAAAGAUCUCUCUGAUUUUGGUUCUAUCGCGAGGAGUAUCAGAUACAAGUAAUUUGCCAAAUCUCGAUACUUUUAUUUAUCAUUGUUUGAGUAAAGAGCAAGCGGCCAUGCUAUCUCCUGUUGUUGGCAGUUUGAUCUUCCUAAACAAUAGGAGAUUGGCUGAAAUUUUCCCUACGAGCCUACGAGAUUUUUGGAAUAAUUGGGAGCUUCGUGUUGCAGUUGUUGUCAGCCUCUCCAUGCAGAUAUUCCUAAUUGCUCUGGGAAGCCGAAGAAAGUAUAUUGCUAGAGAUUGGCUAACAGUUCUUAUUUGGCUUGUUUAUUUAUCAGCGGAUGGGAUAGUAAAUCUUUCACUUGGUGUUCUUUCCAACAUGGAAUCAACUGAUGAGAAGGGUUUGGUGAACCCGCAGUACGUGAUAAUGGCAUUAUGGGCACCAUUGCUUCUUCUACAUCUUGGUGGUCUAGACACCAUCACUGCCUAUUCAUUGGAAGACAAUGAAUUAUGGAUGAGGCAAUUGCUCGGGCUAGUUGUCAAAUUUUCCGGAGCAUUUUAUGUCUUCAUAAAGUCGUGGACAGGAAGUCCAGUUAACUUAAUUGUUAUUCCGAUGUUUGUGGUUGCCAUAAUCAAGUGUGGGGAGAGGACUUGGGCUUUACGGUUUGCAAGCAGUGAUCAGUUUAGGAAGUCCAUGCUCCCUCGACCUGAUCCAGGACAUAGCUAUGCUAAAUUCAUGGAUGAUUACACGUCAAAAAAAGCUGAGGGGUACAAUGUGUCACUGGAGCCAGUAAUUGAAGAAGCUUCCGUUGUGCUGGACCGCCCUUACAAAGCUCUUGGAAACACUGUCCACCUUGACACUGUCAUCUUGCUUGAUGCUGCAUAUCUCUUCAGCACUUUCAAACGGUUAUUUGCAGAUCUCAUCCUCAGCUUUCAGGACCUUGAGAGUAGCAGGUCCUUUUUCCAAGAUGCACAAACAAGUUGGGAGAAUGCUUUCAAAGUUAUUGAAAUUGAGCUGGGAUUUAUGUAUGAUUUUCUUUAUACCAAGGCGACUGUGACUCAUACUUAUAUUGGUAGCUUUCUCCGUAUUAUCAGUUUAUCUUCAACCGUAUUAGUUGCAAGUUUCUUUGCCAUUAUUGAUAAGAAUUCUUUCUCAAGAAUUGACAAAAGCAUAACAUUUGUGUUGUUGGUUGCUGCUAUUGCUUUACAAGCAUAUGAGAUAGUUCUACUGCUUUCCUCAGAUAGGACAGUACUUUGGCUGAGCAAGCACAAAAAUCUGUUGCUAGGCCACACCAACCAGACAAUCUCCUGUAUCCAAUCAUGGCUGCAAUCUUGUCAUGUAAUGCCCUCUGGGAAUAAGAGAUGGUCUAAUUCCAUGGCAAAAUACAAUCUAAUCAGCAUUUGCCUCAAAGACAAACCCAUCAAGUUCAGUGGAUUUCUCAAGUUCUUAUGCAUUUAUGAAAUGGUAGAGAAGAACCAGUACAAAGUUGUGGGUACUGUCUCCCCAGAGUUGAAAAGGAUGAUCUUUGAACAACUCUUGUUGAAAUCAAGGAACCCACUAGACAUAAGCAUUUCUAAGAAAUUAUGUGCUCUAAGGGGCAGUCAUGUACUCAAAGAUAUGGGAUGUUUUGACAAGAUUGGAUGGAGUGUGGAAUCGGAAUUUGAUCAGAGUAUUCUUCUAUGGCAUAUUGCCACAGACCUCUGCUAUGACAUUGAUCUUAGAAAAAGCUCAAAUAUUAUUGGAAACCCGAUAUGUGACGAAAGUAAAGCAUUAGCAGAUUAUAUAUUGUAUCUUCUAAUCGUUUGUCCUUUUAUGCUUCCUAAUGGGAUUGGACAUAUUAGAUAUCAAGACACAUGUGCUGAGGCUGCCCAACUUUUUGAAGAAAAAAUUUAUAUUAAAACAGACAGAAGCGAAGCAUGUUCUGCAUUGCUUAAAGUGAAUACUGAGAUUUUUCCAUCUCAAGUGAAAGGAGAUAGAAGCAAGUCGGUACUGUUUGAUGCAUGUAGGCUUGCCAAAUUGAUACAAUCCUUGGAGACAGAAGACCAAUGGACCACUGAGAAUAAGUGGGAGAUGAUAAAUCAUGUAUGGGUAGAGAUGCUUUCUUAUGCUGCAAAUCAUUGUGGAUGGAACAACCAUGCCAAGCAACUUACUGGAGGAGGGGAGCUCCUCACUCAUGUCUGGCUAUUGAUGGCGCAUUUGGGACUUACUCAACAGUUUCAGAUUUCUGAAGGGAAUGCGAGGGUCAAGUUGGUUUUGAGCUGAACAAAGCCUGCAUAACAUCCCAGAUAAGUAUGUAGUUUACAUUCAAUAGUAUACUUACGAUUACCUCUUUUAUUGAAAUUUUAUUAUGGAACUUUCAUGUUUGGUUCCAUUAGCCUUGAUUAGGAAUGAAGAAUGGUUGAGAGGAGAAGUUAUACUCAACACAAUAAUCAUUAGCAUGUAGUUUAUUGAAAAUAAAUAUAUUAAAAUCAUUCUUA